GUGUGUUCUGGCGUGCGAUUGGCUAGAUUGUUGAGGGGGAGGAGCUAAUGUGGUUGGCACCCUGAAUAGUCUACAAUCCCUGGCUGUGUUCCUCUCUACACCGUAACCAUGAAGAUUGCCUUGGUGACCAUUUUUUUGCUGAUGCUCCUGACAGACAUCCACGCCAAAGUCCAGCCGCAGAAAAAUUUUGACCUUCAGAGGUUUGCAGGGAAGUGGUAUCGGGUGGGUCUGGCCUAUGAUUCUCCAGGCUUUGUGCCGUACAGAAGCAGACUCACUAUCUCUAUGGGCAUAGUGGAGCCAAAGGAGAAUGGGGACGUCAACAUGACCAUGUGGAGUUUAAGGUCUUCUGGUUGUCAGCGUAAGGUCUAUGUUUAUGAGAAGACGUCUGUGCCCGGAGUAUUUAACUACUACAGCACUCGUCACAGAAGGGUGAAGGAUGUUACUGUGGUGGAGACAAACUAUACUGAAUAUGCGCUGGUCCUCAAACACAAGAAAAUUAACAAGGAGUUCACACAAGUGUCUCUUUACGGUCGUACUAAGAAGUUGAGGGCAGAUUUGAUGGAGAAGUUCAGAGCGUAUGCCACAGCUCGAGGAUUCUCCAAAGAGUCCAUCCUGACUCCACCAGCUGCUGAAAACUGUCCUCCUUCAGGAAAUUAGUCCCUAAUCCCAUUUAGAGCUGGAGGCCACAUGUCCUUACCUUAAUGUGCCAAAAUGAUGUGAUAGUUUGUAAUACUGUAACUGACGUCAUUAUCGUUUGCUGUGCUAUAAAGCUGACAAAAAAUUCAAUCUAGAUACAGAAGUGGACAUACAGAAAGUGGUCACUUCUCUGAUGAUCUUGGCUGGCAAAAAUAAAACACUCUUGUUUUUUU